AUUUAGAGUCACCGGCUCUUGCGAGGAAUGUCCGUCCCCUGCGCGCACGCACCGCGCACUGGAUGCGCCCGCGUUAUUUUUAACCGCUGGGUGGGUCCGUCGCUGCCUGUCGGCAAUGACCGCGCUGCGCUCGCGCCUUCGACCCCCGUCCCUCGUAGUGGACCGCGUCCUCUCCGUGCGCUCUGACCAGGACCCCGCAGCCUCAAUGGGAUUAUAAUUGGUUUGUUGGCAGGCAGGAGGCUCAAGAUAAACACUUUAGGACAGGACAACAUCCAGAAGCAAGGUCCAAAACAUUAGAACCACCUAAUAAAAUGCACUGACGCCUUUUAACCUUCAACAAGUAGAGGUGAACCUAAACAAGGGUCCAGUGAGUGUGUUCUGCCUGCGUCUGUACAGAACCUGUACUACCUCCUCCCUUUGCUCAUCCUCCCCCUCCUCACCCGCGGCACCUGCGGUCGCCGGCCCGUUCUUCUUCUUCCCCCGCCCCCCGCGGCCGCCGCCAUGACGUCCACCACGGACUUCGACAACGCGGAGAUCACGCAGCAGUACAGCCGCGUCAACACGCGCUUCGAGCUGUGCGACGAGGAGCUGGACAACGACAACAGCACGGCCAGGCUGUUCGAGCGCUCGCGCAUCAAGGCGCUGGCAGACGAGCGCGAGGCGGUUCAGAAGAAGACCUUCACUAAAUGGGUCAACUCCAUCCUGUCUCGCGUGGGCUGUCGCAUCUCCGACCUCUACCUGGACCUGCGGGACGGACGCAUGCUCAUCAAGCUGCUGGAGGUGCUGUCCGGGGAACGGCUGCCGAGGCCCACGAAAGGCCGCAUGCGCAUCCACUGCCUGGAGAACGUGGACAAGGCCCUGCAGUUCCUCAAGGAGCAGCGGGUCCACCUGGAGAACAUGGGCUCCCACGACAUCGUCGACGGCAACCACCGCCUCAUCCUCGGCCUCAUCUGGACCAUCAUCCUGCGCUUCCAGAUCCAGGACAUCGUCGUGGAGACGGGCCAGGCGGACCAGAAGGAGACGCGCUCGGCCAAGGACGCUCUUCUUCUGUGGUGUCAGAUGAAAACUGCGGGGUACCCCAAUGUCAACAUCACCAACUUCACCACCAGCUGGAAGGACGGCAUGGCCUUCAACGCCCUCAUCCACAAACACCGGCCAGAUCUGGUGGACUACAACAGUCUGAAGAGGUCCAACCCGACCCACAACCUCCAGGGCGCCUUCAACGUCGCGGAGCAGAAGCUCGGCGUCACCAAACUGUUGGACCCCGAAGAUGUGUACACAGAGAACCCAGACGAGAAGUCCAUCAUCACGUACGUGGUGGCAUUUUACCACUACUUCUCGAAGAUGAAGCAGCUCGCCGUGGAGGGGAAGCGAGUGGGGAAGGUCCUGGAUCAGGCCAUCGAGACGGAGAAGAUGAUCGAGAAGUACGAGACGCUGGCGUCGGACCUGCUGACGUGGAUCGAGCAGACCAUCAUCGUGCUCAACAACCGGAAGCUCGCCAACUCGCUCAGCGGCGUCCAGCAGCAGCUCCAGGCCUUCAACACCUACCGCAACGUGGAGAAGCCGCCCAAGUUCCAGGAGAAGGGGAACCUCGAGGUUCUGCUCUUCACCAUCCAGAGUCGUAUGCGGGCCAAUAACCAGAGGGUGUACACGCCUAAAGAGGGAGCUCUGGUAGCGGAUAUCAACAGGGCCUGGGAGCGUCUGGAGAGGGCGGAGCACGAGCGGGAGCGCGUCCUGAGGAACGAGCUGAUCCGACAGGAGAAGCUGGAGCAGAUGGCCAGGAGGUUCGACAGGAAGGCCGCCAUGAGGGAGACCUGGCUCCAGGAGAACCAGAGACUAGUAGCCCAGGAUAACUUCGGUAUCGACCUGCCGGCGGUGGAGGCGGCCAAGAAGAAGCACGACGCCAUCGAGACGGACAUCGUCGCGUACAAGGAGCGCGUCCAGGCCCUGGUGGACAUCUCCAAGGAGCUGGAGUCCGAGCGGUACCACGAUGCCAAGCGCAUCGACGUGCGCAAAGACAACAUCCUGCGCCUGUGGGACUACCUGCAGGAGCUGCUGAAGGCCCGCAGGGGCCGGCUGGAGAAGAACCUCACCCUGCAGAGGAUCUUCCAGGAGAUGCUGCACAUCAUCAACUGGAUGGACGAGGUGAAGGUGGAGACCCGCCUGUCGUCCAAAGACCUGGGGAAGCACCUGCUGGAGGUGGAAGACCUGCUCCAGAAACACGCUCUGGUGGAGAGCGACAUCGCUCUGCAGGCGGAGAGGGUGCAGAGCGCGAGUGCGGCCGCGCUCCAGUUCGCCAAUGGAGACAGCUACAAGCCCUGUGACCCUCAGGUGAUCCGUGACCGGGUCCAGCACCUGGACCUCUGCUACCAGGAGCUCUGUGCCCUGGCGGCCGAGCGCCGCGCGCGCCUGGAGCAGUCCCGCUGCUUCUGGAGCUUCCUGUGGGAGGUGACGGAGCUGGAGAGCUGGAUUCGGGAGAAGGAGCAGAUCUUCUCCUCCCUGGACUACGGCAGGGACCUGACGAGCGUGCUGGUGCUGCAGAGCAAGCACGGCACCUUCGAGGACGAGCUGGGCGCGCGGCGCGCCGGCAUCGAGGGGGUCCUGGCCGAGGGGGAGAAGAUGAUCCGGGCCGAGCACUUUCGCUCGCCGGAGGUUCAAGACGCCAUGGGCGACGUCCGCAGGCAGUGGCGGCAGCUGGAGGAGCUGGCGGCGUUUCGCAAGCAGAACCUCCAGGACACGCAGAGGUUCUUCCAGUUCCAGGGCGACGCCGACGAGCUCAGGGCCUGGCUGCUGGACGCCAAGAGGCAGGUCGCCAGCGACGACGUGGGCCACGACGAGUACACCACGCAGCGCCUGCUGAAGAAGCUCCACGACCUGAAGAACGAAGCCGCGAAGAACGGAGCCACCAUCGAUGCCCUGACCAGGCAGGCCGGCGCGCUGCCCGAGGAGCUGCAAAACACCCCUGAUAUCCAGAGGCGUCUGAAAGAUGUCAAGGACCUGUACAUGGAGCUCAUGGCGCUGGCCGACCGGAGGCAGAAGAAGCUGGAUGACACCAUGGCCUUGUACACCAUCUUCAGCGAGACGGACGCCUGCGAGCUGUGGAUGGGCCAGAAGGAGACGUGGCUGGUGGACCUGGAGGUGCCCGAGAAGCUGGAGGACCUGGAGGUCGUGCAAAACAGGUUGAGCAUCCUGGCUCAGGAUAUGGCAAACGUUCAGUCCCGGGUCGAUGACGUCAACAGGGCUGUGAGGCAGCUGGAGGACAGCAGACACCCGCGCACCAAGGAGGUCAAGGAAUGUCAGGAGCGACUUAAUAAGAGGUGGGAGGCCUUCAAAGCCAUGGUGGAGGAGAAGAAGAGGAAAAUAGAUUCUGCCGUUAGUCUGCACAGCUACGGGCUGGAGUGUGACGAGACGGAGGCCUGGAUCAAAGACAAGACGCGAGUGAUCGAGUCCACGCAGGACCUGGGCAACGACCUGGCAGCCGUCAUGACCAUCCAGAGGAAGCUGUUCGGCGUGGAGAGGGACUUGGCCGCCAUCGACGCCAAGCUGGCCUUCCUGAGGGAGGAGGCCGACCAGCUGGCCGAGGACCACCCGGAGAACGCCGCCGAGAUCCUGGCGCGCGGACGGGACCUGGACGCGGCCUGGGACAGCCUCCGGCGCGCCCUGAAAGACAGGGAGGACUCCCUGGGGGAGAUCAGCAAGUUGCAGAACUUCCUCCAGGACCUGGACGACUUCCAGUCGUGGCUCUUCAGGGCCCAGAAGGCCGUGGCGUCGGAGGAGGCGCCCGCCACGCUGCAGGAGGCCGAGGACCAGCUCAGCCUGCACGACGCGCUCCGCGAGGACAUAAGCGGCCACGAGGAGCCCUACCACCGCGUGAAGGACACCGGGGCGCAGGUCACGCAGGGUCAGGAGGCGGACCCUCAGUACCAGCAGCUGGCGCAGACGCUCCAGGGCCUGGACCGCGGUUGGUACGAGCUCCAGAAGCUGUGGGACAACCGCAAGAACUUCCUGGACCAAGGACUGGGCUUCCAGCAGUUCAUGCGCGACGCCAAGACUGUAGAGGCCGUCCUCAACAACCAGGAGUACACCCUGGCCCACAUCGACAGGCCCGACACCUUGGCCGGAGCGGAGCGGGCUCUGAAGAAGCACGAGGCCUUCGCCAGCACGAUGGACGCCAACGAGGACAAAAUCGACGGGGCCCUUCGCGGGGGCCAGUGGCUGGUGGACAGUAACAACCUGUACUCUGGGAAGGUUCAGGACAAAAUGGACUCCAUCCAAGACAGACGCGACAAGAACAAGCGUCGAGCCCGGGAGGUGCACGAGAAGCUGCGAGACAACCGCGACCUGCAGCACUUCCUGCAAAACACCCAGGAUCUCACUGUGUGGAUCAACGAGAAGAUGCUGACCGCUCAGGACACGUCCUACGAUGAGGCCCGGAACCUCCACAGCAAGUGGCUGAAACAUCAGGCCUUCAUGGCGGAGCUGGCCUCCAACAAGGACUGGCUGAACAAAGUGGAUCAGGAGGGUCAGGAGCUCAUGGAGUUCAAGCCCGAGUUCGAACCCAUCGUGACGGAGCGCCUGGCCCAGCUCCACGAGCUGUGGGACAAGCUGGAGUCCACCACUCAGAAGAAGGCGGGGCUGCUGUUCGACGCCAACCGCUCGGAGCUCUUCGACCAGAGCUUGGCCGACAUAAAGAAGUGGCUCGGCGAGCUGCAGCAGCAGCUCCAGAGCGGAGACGAGGACGUGAAGGACCUGACUAUCGCCAACAUCCUGCUCAAGAAGCAUCAGGUGACAGAGAACCAAGUGCGGGAGCGCGCUCGCGAGCUGGAGGAGCUGCAGGAGGCCGUCGGGAAGCACGGCGGCGGCAGGGACGAGCAGCCGGAGCUGGAGGCCCAGCAGCAGGCGCUGCAGGGGGAGUUCCAGCAGCUCCUCACGCCGCUGGGCCAACGCAAGGGCAAGCUGGAGGCCGCCAAGGCCGUCCAUCAGUUCUACAGGGACCUAGCCGACGAGCUUCUGUGGAUAGAGGAGAGAAUGCCCUUGGCGACGUCACAGGAGCACGGCCACAACCUGCAAACUGUGCAAAUGCUGCUCAAGAAGAACCAGACCUUGCAGAGGGAAAUCGAGGGUCACCAGCCUCGCGUCGACGAGGUGCUGGAGCGAGGGAGGAGGAUGGCGGCCGCCGCCAGCACGGAGGGCCGGCCCGAGGUGGAGCGGAUCGCGGGCCAGCUGGCGGAGCUGGAGGAGGCGUGGGCUCGGCUGCAGGAGGAGAUGGCGAAGCGGAGGGAGAGGCUGAGCGGCUCCAGCCUGGCCCAGCAGUACUACAACGACGCGGACGAGGCCGAGGCCUGGAUAGGGGAGCAGGAGCUCUACAUGAUGGCCGACGAGAAGGCCAAGGACGAACAGAGCGCCAUGUUGAUGCUGAAGCGCCACGUGAUCCUCAAGCAGGACGUUGAGGACUACGCCGACUCCAUCCAGAAGCUGGCGGACCGGGCCCAGAAGAUGUUUGCAGAGGAGCAUCCGGACGGCGAGGAGAUCAUCAGGCGACAGGGCCAGGUGGACAAGCAGUACGCGGGUCUCAAGGAGCUAGCGGAGGACCGGCGCAGGAAGCUGGAGCACUCGUACCACCACUUCCUGCUGUGCCGAGAGGUGGAGGACCUGGAGCACUGGAUCGCAGAGAGAGAUGUAGUGGCCUCGUCUCAGGAGAUGGGCCAGGACCUGGACCACGUCACGCUUCUCAGGGACAAGUUUCGAGAUUUCGCGCGGGAGACGGGAAUGGUGGGGCAGGAGCGCGUGGACUUCGUGAACCAGACGAUAGACGAGCUCAUCGAGGCGGGCCACAGCGAGGCCGCCACCAUGGCGGAGUGGAAGGACGGCAUCAACGAGAGCUGGGCCGAUCUGCUGGAGCUCAUCGACACCCGGACGCAGCUCCUCAUGGCGUCCUACGAGCUGCUCAAGUACUUUGAGGACGGAAAGGAGCUGGUGGCCCAGAUCCACGAGAAGCAGAAAGAGCUGCCGGAAGACGUGGGAGAGGACUUCAGCAAAGCGGAGUCCUUCCACAGAAUGCACGCCGCCUUUGAGAGAGACAUCGCUGCUCUAGGCAAACAGGUUCAGCAGUUCCAGGAGACGGCGGCGAGGCUGCACGCCCAGUACGCGGGGACCAAGGCGGACGCCAUUCAGGCCUCGGAGAGAGAGGUGGCGGAGGCCUGGAAGGGGCUGCUGGACGCCAGCGCCGGGCGGCGGGCGCAGCUCAAGGACACGGACGAGAAGUUCCGCUUCCUCACCAUGGUGCGAGAUCUGAUGGCCUGGAUGGAGAGCGUCAUCAAGCAGAUAGACACGCAGGAGAAUCCAAAGGACGUCCCGUCCGGGGAGCUCCUGAAGAAGAACCACCAAGGGAUCCGCUCAGAAAUGGAGACCAGGAAAAGCAAGUUCACGGACUGCAUUGACUUCGGGAAGGCCCUGGUGACGCGCAAGCACCGGGACUCUGGCGAGAUCGAAGAGAAGCUGUCGCAGCUGAAGGAGAAAUGGAAGGAGAUGGAGAAGAAGUGGGAGGACCGACGGGACUGGCUCAGCCUCUUGCUGGAGGUGUGCCAGUUCGCCCGCGACGCCUCGUUGGCCGAGGCCUGGCUGAUCGCUCAGGAGCCCCACGUCACCAGCAGAGACCUGGGCCACACCGUGGACGAGGUGGACCGGCUCCUCAAGAGGCACAGGGCCUUCGAGAAGUCCACGGCCACCUGGGAGGAGCGCUUCUCCGCCCUGGAGCGCCUCACCACGCUGGAGCUGCUGGAGCUGAGGAGACAACAGGAGGAGAUCGAGAAGUUCAUUAGAGGAGAGCCCGGUUCAUUCAGGGACAGCAGGAGAGAAGACACGGGCUUUGUAGAGGAAUCUUCACAGCUCUACACUAUUGAGGAGCAGACUCUGUCUGGUUUCGGCGCGGCUGAGCCCAGUUCAGGUCAGCAGGAGGGAGCUGCCGGCGACUCCACGGCGCCCAUCGUGUCGGAGGUGAGAGAGAGCGGGUCCUUGGAGCUGGACCCGGAGCCCUCGGUCUCCAUGGGAACGCAGCAGGAACCGGAGAGGGCCGCCACCGUGGCCCUGGAGCCGGUCGGAGCCCAGGCCGUGCUGCAGGAGGGCACCUUGAGCCGCAAACAUGAUGUAGAGGGCUCAGGAAAGAGGGCGUCAAACAGGUCGUGGAACAGCCUGUUCUGUGUGCUGAAGCCGGGUCAGCUGUCCUGCUAUAAGGAUGCCAAGAGCUUCGGUCACGGGGUGACGUUUCACGGGGAGGACCCCCUGCCUCUCAGCAACGCCAGCUGGGAGAUCCUCGCCAGCUACAAGAAGAAGAAGCACGUCUUCAAACUCCACCUUGAAGAUGGCAGUGAAUAUCUGUUCCAGUGUAAAGAUGAGGAGGAGCUUCAGCUUUGGAGCCAGGCCAUGGAGAAGGCUGUUCAGCCAUUGGCAGCGGAGGAGGUAUCGAGGCCCUCAGGGGCCAAAGCCCACAGCCUGCCUCCUCCCCCCUCAUCCACCUCAACUGCCCUAUCUGAGCCCACCUCUGCCAAGAAAGACAAGGAGAAGAAGUUUGGUCGCUUUGCCAAGAAGAAAUGAAAGGAGUUGGAGGGGGGUGGGGGUUGCCAAUGCAACCAGGAAAGAGUCACAGUACAGCAGUAGUAUGUGUGUAGUAUUCAGUCGGAGCAAGCCUUUUAUCACUAGCUUUUUUUUAAAUAUUAGUUUGUGAGAAUUUAUAUAAAUAUUGUAGUUUGGGCUAAAUCUAGAAUUUGUUUGCCUGUAUUUAAGCUAGUAUAUGAUUGAAAAGCCACAUUUUCCUUGGUGUUCUUUUUAACAAAUGCCAAAUUCAAACAUCAUAUUAAAGCACAGGAAUGCUCUUUUCACACUCAACCAAAGAAGUUUGUAAAACGUUUUUGUUAUUAUUAUUAUUAUUAUUAUUAGUUGUGCUUCAGGCAUGCGGUGACCAUUGCGACGUGCAAUAGGAAAGCCUGCAAUGAAAAUGGGAGAGUACAAGUACUGACGGAUCCUUUUAUUAAUCUGCCUUAUAAAAUGGUUGUGAACUGUAAUACUGUGCUGUUUGAAUUUGGAGCGCUAAAAGCUGUCGUAGCGUCAGAGUGAACGUAGCACGCUUUGUAAAUGCUCACUGAGUGUAUCUAACUGCUCUAUGCACUGUGAGGAGGUUCUACCGCUACAAUUACCUGUGUGCUGAACCUCCAACUUCAUAUCUAUCAUCAUAUAUACAUACUCAGUCCAGUAUAUUUAUCUGCAGAUGCAUGACAUAUGUAUUACCUUAGUUUGACAUGGUGCUAAUGUGAUAUUCUUAUUCAUACUCACUGAAGACCAACUUCGUGUUUCAAGCCUGGGUGAAAAAACUCUGAACAAUCUGCCUGAUUUCCAUCAGGGCUUUAAAACACACAGAGCAGAGACGUCGAUCCACGGAAACAACACAAGCACGUUAGGACGAGACGCGGUGCAAAUACUUUCUACCACACCACAUGUGAAUGAAGUACACAGGACCAACGUGGCAGAAGAGCGCAAACUGCCAUAGACAAAACAAGACAUUUGAACACAAUAUGCAGGUCAGUGCAGAGUGCUAGGAUUAUAAUGGAAGCUAUUUACAGUAUAACAAGUGCAAACAUGUCGAGAGAGGAAAAGGAAAUACAAGCCAGAUAAGAAGCCUUUAGUCAAUGAUUACAUGGCUAACUAACUUCACAUGGUCUAAAUAUUUAAAGCCAUCGACAAAACCUACCUACCUAAACAGUGUUAACUUGCCUGAUUUGCCAGUUAUCCAGAAUUCCUUCACUUCAAACCAGUUACAGUCUAGGAGCCAAAGGGAAGCUGAAAAGACCAAACACAUCUGCGUUAGAAUCUCCCAAGUGAAAGAACAAACAUUUAGAAGAGAUACACAAAAAACUAGAGCAACAAAGUGUUUCAUAAAGCAAUGUACAAAUAGGAUGGAACGGCAUUUGUUAAUUUGUCACCAGGAUGGUGGCUCUCACACACACACACACGCACACACACAGCCGUCUUGCCUUGUAUUGUAGAACGUCUCCCCGAACUACAAUCCAAACUCAAGUGACCUCACUGAAAUGAUGGAAGUCAGCUGAAAACACACUGUUCAGCUUUUUUUUUUUUGCAGUAUCGUGACCUGUUCAGAUUUACCAUCAUUUGCAUAUAAUGAAUCUAGUAUGUUAUGUUUGUCUCCAUGCCAGCAGAACAUCCCAUCCUAUGCUCGUUAACAGCAGUCUUCUGUUAGAAGUGCACUUGAAAAUGGUUUGUGAAACUUGCAUCACAUAUUAAAGUCUUGUUUUCAUUGGUCACAACGGAUAGUUACUCACCUCCAUCCCAUGUUUUAUUCUUCCAACUUUCAGUUUUUUACUCGCCAGUUAUGUAAAAUAUUCAAAAAUGUUGUCAAAUAUCCAAUACAUUUUGAGAGAAUGAGAUUUAAAAUAAACUUCUGAAAUCA